AUGUCUGGUGACCUGAAGGAUCUCAAGUCGCAGCAACAGCAGAUUCGGAGUACAUUCGAUGGUGUGAAGCAGUUCAUUCAGAAAUUCAAACGAGAGAAGCAUGAGUCUCAGAUAGAAACCAGGUUGGAGAUGUUGGAAGCUGCCAUGAAGAAACUAUAUUCCGUUCGACGCAAGAUGGACAUUCUGCUGGAAGAAGGGGAUGAGAGAGAUAGCGCUGACUCAAAAGAAGCUCCAGAGAGUCUUCAAGCUCGACUUACCAUGCUCGCUGAAAAGCGGGAUGCGGAAAGUGUUGCCAUCAUACAGGCAGCCGAAUUAAAAUCGGCAUUGCAACUUCUUGUAGCUAAACCGGUGGGAGAGACACUCAUUCAACAACCUCCCGCAUUAGCACCGGCUGUGCAAGGUGCCUCGUCGAAGGUGAAGCUGCUAGAAAUUAAACUGCCUACGUUUGGUGGCCGAAUUCGUGAGUGGGUCACGUUUCGGGAUAUGUUUCAGAGUCUCAUACAUCGCAACGAUCAGCUGACCGACAUAGAUAAAUUUACAUAUCUUCGCUCGUCUCUUGUGGGUGAAGCUCUUCAAGAAAUCGGAACAAUUGAGAUAUCAGCUGCGAAUUAUCAAAUUGCUUGGGAUCUCCUUCAGAAACGCUUCGAGAACAAAAAGCUUAUCGUUAAAGCCCAUUUAGAUGCUUUAUUUGCUGAGGAGCCGAUUAAAAGAGAGAGCUACGAUGCUCUGAGUCAUCUCAUUAGUGAGUACGAUCGAAACUUACAAAUGCUGAAUAAGAUUGGCGAAGAUACAUCGAACUGGGGUACGAUACUCGUAUAUAUGAUUUGCUGUCGGCUAGACUCAGCAACCUUACGACAUUGGGAGUCUCAUCAUAGUUCGAAGGAGGUUCCCACUUACGAUGAACUGAUCGAGUUUUUGCGAAACCAGUGUAGCGUCCUGCAAUCUAUUGCACCGACAAAAUCCCAAUUUGAGAUUAGACGAUCCGAACAUACGGUUAGCCACACUCAAACAUCAGUGCAAUCUAAUGGUCGUUGUCCAUUUUGUGGAGAUGGUAUGCACUCAGCAUUUAAAUGUCAACGGUUCCUGAAAUUGAAGGUUGCGGAACGGUACGAGAAGGUGAAGCGUUGCGGUUUAUGUUUAAAUUGUUUGUCUCCAUCGCACUUGGUUCGGUUCUGCACAAAGGGUUUCUGUAACCACUGCAAGUAG